AUGCAUUCAAUUGGGUUUGGGUUCGAUUCAAUCAAUCAUGAUUGUAAAGUGGUUAGGGUUACCUAUGUCGAAGAUGAUGAUGGUUUUGACAUUGUUCCACCCGAGGUUGAGCUUUACGCGCUCAGCAGGGGAUGUUGGCAAAGCAUUAGUUAUUGUGGUCUUCAAAGCAUUAUUCCCAAGCGCUCACCACAGGUUUAUAUCAAUGGGGCUGUACAUUGGAUUGCAUAUGAUCGGAAAACAAAUGGAAGUUUUCGCCGCAGUUUGAUUGUGUCUUUCAAUAUGUGUGAUGAGCUGUUCCGGCAGGUUUUUCUACCAGAUAGCUUGGCUGCCCAGCGCUGGACAAACCUGAAGAUCAACGUAUUUGGGGAAUCACUUUGUGUGAUGCAUCAUGUUUGCUCUAGUGCUAACAAAGGAUAUGACAUGUGGGUGAUGGAAAAGUAUGGUGUAGUUGAGUCGUGGACUAAACUAUUUGCUAUCAUCGAUUAUCAGCAAAGUUUGGGGCCGGUUAUUGGGUUUAGAAAGAACAGUGAAGUCUUGUUGGAAAGAAGUGAAAAUUUGGUUUCUUAUGACCUUAAAACAAAAGAAACAAAGAAUCUUGGUAUCCAUGGUGUUGGCUGCUUCUUUUAUGUGGCUACCUAUGUUGAGAGCCUGGUAUUAGUCAGGGGGUUGAAAGGACUCUCAGGGAGGCAUGGAUCUGUUAAUGAAACCGAACAAAAAAGAACAGCAACAAAGAGUAGGAAGAACAGGGCUUUGGGUAGGACGAAAGCUCAAGGUCAAGGUCAAGACAAGGAAGCAGGAAAUGGAGGCAUUGUGGGACAGACCAAGAAACAGAACAGAGACUUGUAG